GCGGUCACCAUGGCGACCUCUAACUCCAGACCAAAGUUCAGCCGCUGUAAAUCUUUAUGACCACACUCAUAGUCCAAUGUUCCUUGGGGCAUUUUGUCCCUUGAAGAGCUAGCUUUUAUAUUUUACAAGAACCUUUCAUUCGGACUCCUUUUCUAAAUACUGGAGUCCAGAUGAUAAGGUCCAAACAUAGUACAAAAAAUCGUUGCUUUCUUUGUUAACCACAGGACCCCUACUUUCCUGAGAAGAUGCCAACGACAAAGAAAACACUGAUGUUCUUAUCGAGCUUUUUCACAAGCUUUGGGGCGUUCAUCGUCGUCUGCUCUAUGCUUGGGACCCAAGAAUGGGUCAGCAGCAUAAUUGCCAUCAGUGACUCUUCUUCAAACGGUAGUCUUGUUAUCGUCUAUGGACUCUUCCGUGGUAACAGCCGUCAGGAAUUCAGUCAUGGACUUGAGGAAUCAAAGAAGGACUUUGGAGUUUUAGAGAAAUUGAACAAUUCUUCCCAAAGAACGCUGCAUUUGGUGGUUAUCCUGUUCCUGGUCCUCAGCCUGUGCACUUUGCUGCUCAGCUCUGGGCUCACCUUCUACAACAGCAUCAGCAACCCCUAUCAGACGUGUUUGGGGCCAGUGGGCGUGUACACCGGGAGCGGACUUGGUGCCUUCUUCAUUUUCAUGAGCAUGAUACUGUUUGUGGGGAACACACAAUCCAACCAUCUCUCGGAAGACCUGGCCCAGACGCUGUACCAGCCGUAUCCAGCAGCUGCCUACGGAGGAACGACCCACAGCUAUGGUUACUCAUUUUGGCUAACGCUGCUUGUCAUUCUUCUAAGUAUUAUCACUGUGGUCAUCAUUGUUUUCUACCAGAAGGCCAGAUACCAGCAAAAGCAGGAGCAGAGAAGGCCCAUGGAAUAUGCUCCAAGAGAUGGAAUUUUAUUCUGAAUUCGGUUAUGUUAUUUUGUUACUAGGUCUAUUCUAUUGUACAUCAGCUCCUGAGCAGUGACUGGCUCACUUGUCUGGACAAUCAGCAAAGUUAAGUGUGGCUCUGGUUGACGGUCAUUUUGUGAUAGUUUUGUAUCUCAUGACACUCCAUGAAUGAUGUCACAUCACAAAGGGUUCUUUCCACUAAGGUGAGGAAGAUGAAGGGGAAAUCUCUCGCAGUGUUCAAAGCGGUAGAAUGAUUACUAGACUAUGGACCCUCCUGCCCUGGUCUCACUCUCUAAGACAAUAAAGGUUCGUGGUAUGCACUUUUCCUUUGAGUAGCUCAAAGCACUUUAGCACCUAGGAUCUCCUUCUCCUUAGGAGGGACCAGGUAUUUUGAUUCCACUGUAUGAUUGAAGACGUCCAGGUACAGAGAGAUUCAGAACUCGUCUUUCCAGGACCAGGUAUUGGAGGCAAAAGGUGGGCAAAAGUUUGGAAUAAAUGCCCUGGUCCUGUGGCCCCCUGGUUGCUGACAUAAUUCAAACCCAGUGGUGGGUAGAAGUGCUGAUAUAUGACCUUCAGGCCCAUUUUUGAGGUUCCAAGGGGGCAGUUUUUGUAUGGAAGAGACCAGGAAGUGAGAAGAUUUAAGAAAGAUAAAAAUUAUAGCCCUAUAGCCUCCACACUAGGGAGGCCAAAUGUAUUUUUGGUUUAAAAGGAUUGUGGUGAGUUAAUCAAAAGGGAAAUGUAACUUUGCAAGAAGUUCUAGGAACCAACCCUUUGCUGUUGACACAGUAUAGUUGGACGGAAGUGAGUGGAUCAGCCAUCAGUGGAUUCCAGCCCAGCCAGAAGGUAAGAAAUGGCCUAGAGCACUGGGCUUGCAGGCAUUUCCCGAGUGAAGUCUGGGCAGAUGGAGAACACAGACAUUGGGUUGCCCUCUAAGAACGGGUGGGUAAAAUUGGUUCACAGACUCAAAAGGACACAAUGGGCCACCAGGAAAUUUUUGAAAAGGUUCAGGAUGGAUUAGACCCACUUUGCCAGUAGGAUAUUCUUCCAGAAAAUCCCUUUGAAGCUCUUUUGGGCUUGAAUAUCCCACAAGUCAGCCAGGUUUCACAUUGACAGGAUUCUGAAAUAAUGACCCGACAUGUCUUGAUUGAACCAAAGUCAAAUGGAGCAGAAAUUUAGCGUAAUUUAUACUCUUAGUAUAAUUUACAAAGCAGCAACUCUUUGGAGAGAAAGAUCUGCUUUAUGAAGCUAUUAGGGAGUCACGACCUUCUUAUCUACUAUUUUUUAACAAUCUGUCUUAGAGUUAAUAUUUUUCAUGCAAGAAACACCCAUUGAAUACCUAUGAUGUGAUUAGCAGUGUGCUAACGCUGGUACCUGCCACGGCAGAGCUUACUGUGGAGAAGUCAAGACAGGCAUUCCAAGAGCAGCUGUUAAAUUUCACAUAAAACAGGGACAUAGUCACCAGACUGUGCUCAUCCCCUGAAGGUCAGUCCUCUAUAACCGCCUACCCCAAAGUCAAUGUUACUCUAAUAAAUUAACUUGUUGUGCAACUUUGAACAUAUUAAAAU